AUUUCAUAAUAAUAAUACGUAGAACAAAAGUGUACUCAUAAGCUACCCCACACACAAUUUCCAAGCAACCCAAACAAAAACAAUGUAGUGCAUUGCAUUAUGUGAUCCAUCCAAGCAAACUAAACAAAUUUUAUUCAUUUUUGGUUUCCGAUAAUACCCUCGAAUUCCUAAAGCACAAACAUUAUAGUAUUACACACUACAGAGGCUCACACCUCGUCCGAAGUUGCCGGACAAAAUGGCUAGCUCAUCCAAAUCCAAAUCCAAAUCCGAUCCAGAACCAGAAUCCACCCAUUUCACUCCUCUCCCUCCUGACCAAAACUACGUCGUACUGCCUCUCUAUUUCCCUUGCCGGCGCAGACCUAUUCGCACCAUCUGCACCGUCGGACUCGCCUUUUUUUUCGCCACCGCAUACGUUUUCUGGCCGUCCGAUCCCGACAUCAAGCUCGUACGGAUGCGGUUGAAGAGCGUUCACGUGCACAGAACGCCGCACGUGUCGGUCGACGUGUCCGUGUUCCUGACGGUCAGAGUAAAAAACGCCGACGUUUAUUACUUGGAUUAUAGCCAGCUGGACGUGGCGGUCGGGUACAGGGGGAAGAAGCUGGGACACGUGAGGUCGGACCGGGGUCACGUGAGGGCAAGGGGAUCGUCCUACGUGGACGCUGAGCUGGAUUUAGAUGGGGUGGAGAUCUUUUCCGAUGUGGUAUUCCUGUUGGAAGACUUGGCUAGGGGUACCGUUCCUUUUGAUACUGUUACGGAGGUUCGAGGCCAGCUCGGCCUCUUAUUUUUUCAAUUCCCGUUACAGGCAAGAGUAUCAUGCGAGGUAUUAGUAAAUACAAUUAAUCAGACAAUAUUUCGCCAAAAUUGUUACCCUGAGCCUUAAGUGAUGAUGAAGCUGAGCUAGUAAACUCUGAAAAAGGAGGCAAUUGGCAAUUGGGUCGGGCUGCCAAAAAUAGAAAUGUGCAAGUUAUUAAAAAAUUAUGGUCACCAAUUGAAGUUUUCAUUGCACGUUUUUCUUCUUAUAUUGUAGGGGAAAACUGAUAUUAAUAUAUGAGUUUAUUUACCAUUAUUUAUCAGCCUAUUAAAAAUUAGUAACCAUGUAAAUAUACUUCACUAUUAUACUUCUUGAAAGAUUGAUCCCUUUAUUUA